AUGGUACAUGUAACAUGUAUAGUACAUGGAUUUCGUCGAGUAGCCGAAGAAGUACGUUCAUAUUUCAACACAGUUAACCAACUAAUAUCUAGUGUAAAAAAAGUAUUUUUGAAAACACCAUCUCGAACUCGUAUAUUUAAAAAUGAAGCUCCUGACAUCCCAAUGUCACCACAACCGAUUUUAACUCGUUGGGGAACAUGGUUGGAUGCGGCUAAAUAA